GAUAUGUCUGGUGGUCACUUAUCCAUGGGAUAGCCCCAAUGAUUUGGUUUUAUCCACUGAAUGAACUUGAAAUAUCUGGUUAUGAAGCAUUUGUGGUGACAAUUCUUUCACCUAUAUUUACUGGAAUCAGUGCAGUGCUUCACUUUUCUGGUACUAUUCAUGGAAUAGCUUUUUGGCGAGUUCUCUCUUUAGUGGGUGUGGCUUCUUUCCAAGCCCCAUCAACUCUUGUUAGAUUGAUAAUGUUGGCAGUUGGCUGUGGAACAGGCAUGCUGUGGUUCUGUGGAAUGAUAUGGUCUAAAGAUCCAAAGGAAAGGGUGCUCUCCUUCUGGGGCCUUAUCCUGGGUUUGUUUCUGUUGUUGUUACUGCGUAUUGCAUACAUCACUGUCAACCCAAUCUGGUCAGAUGUCACUAGCAACAGGGUUGUUCUUCUCGUUGCUGUCAUUGCCAUAUUGGAUAGAGUCUAUACUAGCUACAUGAUGUCGGUCACUCAAUCAGGGACCCAAUCCAAGUCAUCAAUUGAGCCCCAAGAUGCUUUGGUUUCUGGUCCAGGGUGGUUCUUAGUGGCAUUAGGAUUUGGUGCAUUGAUGUUCCUUACACAUGAUGUUUUUGGGGAAGUGUCACUUGUAUGCCGCUGGGCUGUUUCUGGUUAUCCAGAUACAGGACCCAAACCCAACCCUUGGGGAGCAGCUGUCAUCAUUGCUCUUGGCAUAGGAGUUAUUCUUUCACGUUAUCAGUGGACAAGCAAUGUGUUCUGGUGGUUAAUUGGAUCUACUGGCGCGGCAUUACUUUACUUUGCUCCUCGGUAUUGGUCAAUGAUUGGCGGUCUCUUGCUCGCCAUCUACACCAUGUCCAUCUGGCCAACUAUGAUUGACAGACUGUUUUGUCGACCUGUUGGGCGUACACUGACUCUGGCCAAUCUGGUUUACAUUAUCCUUGUUUUGGGCUCAGUGUGGGUUGUUGCUUAUAACUUUGUUCCAGGAGGAGAAUUUACAAGGGAAAGGACCCACAUACUGUUGGGUAUCACAAUGGUCUUAAUUGGACUUGCUUUGAGGACAAAGUCGACCCCAGAUGUUAAAGAAGCUUAUGGAAAAAUAAAAAAAGAAGAAAAUGUAAAGGAUGACAAAAACUCUUCCCAUGGUCAGUCAGGCCCUGAGCAGAAAUCUCCUGUGACAAAAUUCAAUAAUGUGGCCUUCCUUGAGGAACAUGGUGAUAAGUUUUGGUUCUUCAAGACUCAUGUCAUACCAGUUCUUGUUGGUGUUAUUGUGUUAGCUGUUAUCCUGAUGGCUGUAAGAUUUCACAGAUUGGAAUACUCUCAACCUAAUAAGGAAGAUGCUAAUGUGUUCUCAGCUAUGAUCUGGACUGUUCAUUUUGCAUAUGAUAAUACUGGAUGGCCAAGCUUUGAGAGAGCAGCACAGAUGAUCAGUGAUACCAAUGCUGAUGUAGUUGGAUUUUUGGAAAGUGACUGUUCUAAGCCAUAUCUUGGAAACCAUGACUUGGCCAUGUGGUUUGAGGAGAGACUGGGAAUGUACUCAGAUUUUGGUCCAUCCACAAGGGACCACACAUGGGGUGCCACCUUACUCUCCAAGUACCCAAUAGUGAAAUCUCUCCAUCACUUACUUCCAUCUCCAGAAGGAGAACUGGCUCCAGCUUUGAGUGCAACUAUUAACAUUACUGGUAACCUGGUGGAUUUUGUGUUGGUUCACAUGGGAAACGAUCGGGAUAACUUGGACAGAAAGCUUCAGGCUGAGGAGCUAGCCAGAAUUUUAGAUGAGAGUCUCAACCCUGUGGUGUUUCUGGGAUAUGUGACGUCAUCACCUCGCAGUCGUGAUUACCGCAUGCUGACGGAGAUGGGACGAACGAAGGACAUCGAUGCAACAGAUUCUGACCGCUGGUGCGAGUAUAUUAUGUACCGCGGGCUCGUACGACUAGGAUAUGCGCGAAUUUCCCACGGGGGACUAAGCGACACCGAGGUGCAAAUGGCCAAGUUCCGUAUUCCUCCAGCAGGGACGACAUACCAGGAUAAUGAAAUCCUUACAACGAGUCCUAAAGAUGUCCCGGAGAACAUAAGAUUUCCUAACAGAUUUGGUGCGUUCUAUAAAGGACAUUAUUCUGCUUGGCGACAUCACUAUCACAUGUCAACACCGAAAUAUUUUCUGCCGUCGAAGAAACAGAAUGCGAGCUAAACUUACUCAAAUGAAAGUUAAAGAAUAAAGUGCUGUUUGGUGAAGUCUCAGGAAGAACAUAAAGGAGGCGUUUUAAAGGCUUCAUCUCUGUGUAAAUUGCGAUGUGGAACUAUAGAAGACUUGGGAAUCACCCAGUGUGCUGAAGAUCGAGAACCAAGCGGAUGUACGUCUGUAGGUUCCCAAUUCGCACAGAGGACAAAAUCAGGAAUUGUAUUGCUCUGUUUACGAUGCUUAAGUCUGACAGACAUCAGGGACCAGGAAACUUUGGCUAGCCAGCGAACCGAGUAUUAGUACUCAGUGGUUAACGUCAAUGACUGAGUACUCUGUGUUACCAUGCCUCGAUUUCCGCCGUUUUCUCGGGUUCGUUCUACAGAACAGGAGCGUGGGCACAUUUCUCGUAAAGUGGCUGGCUGGUUAUCAAGCCUUUGUGUAUCGUACCUCCGAUUGUCCUCAAGUUCUGUGAUGUUGACUGUGUUGUCAUAUCAUGUUGUGGCCUGCAUGUGGGUCACGAACCCGCUCAAGAACGGCAGCCGAAGUCAUAGUGCUGGCAAAUAUAGCGAGUUUCAUCUCUGUCGUCGGAAAGCAUACGCACAUUCCGCAAAAACUAACUGUGUAAUAUCAUCGUGAUCAUUCCACGCAUAAUCCUAAGGGGCUUAGGGGAACUUGCCGUUACUCAGAACCGACUGACUAGACUGGUCCAGUUAUAAAUAGAAUCCGAACCGUUCGGCUAAAUUAAUCACUUUUAAAAUUUUAUAUUUGCUUCUGGAUUUUUUUUUUAUCUUUGAACGCUUGGAAAGUUCUUGAUAAAUGGCCCUUUCAUUAGCACUUGACUAUUUUCCCCGCCCACUAACUCAUCGUACCUUCCCCGCGGGUUAUUGCGUGCUAUGGGAUAAAGUUUUCUUUCUUAAUUUUCAUGACGAGGGAAAAUACGAAAUUAAAACCCAUUAAACUGUGAAUUUUUUAAAGUUG